GCUAUCCCAUACUGCUUGUGAGUUCAUGCAAGUUCUUGUUCCUCAUGGGAUGCACGUGGGUUGCCUGGCAACUUGAAGUUAAAAUGCUGAUGGUUUUUGAAAUGCUCUUCAUUCAAAAAGCAGUCUCCAAAAUGCCAACCAUGGAGCUCCUGGGAAUGACCACUAUCUUCUUGCUGAUCUGCAUCUCAUGCCUUCUUCUCAUUGCCACAUGGAGAAACAUUUCACAAAAUGGGAAGCAGCCUCCUGGUCCUUUUGCACUCCCCAUUGCUGGAAACAUACUCCAGCUGAACCCAAAGAACUUGCCUGAGAGCUUCAGAAAGCUUAGUGAGAAGUAUGGUCCUGUCUUCACAGUACAUUUAGGCCCACAAAAGAUUGUGGUACUGUAUGGCUAUGAUGUUGUGAAAGAAGCUCUGAUUGAUCAGGCAGAUGACUUCAGCGGAAGAGGCAGCCUACCAUUCGUUAAAAGAAUCCUCAAAAGCACAGGCAUUCUGACCAGCAAUGGGGAGAUCUGGAAGCAGCUCCGACGAUUUGCACUGACCACCCUGAGGGAUUUUGGGAUGGGGAAGAGGAGCAUUGAGGAGCGGAUCCAGGAAGAAGCUCAUUUUCUGGUGGAGAGGAUCAGGAACACACAUGAGAAACCCUUUAACCCUGGCAGAUUCCUGACCCAUGCUGUCUCCAACAUUAUCUGCUCCAUUGUCUUUGGGGAUCGGUUUGACUAUGAGGACAAGAAAUUUUUAACUUUAAUUAAUAUGCUAGAAGAAAACAAUAAGUACCAGGGUGCUAUACAAACACAGCUAUACAAUUUCUUCCCAACUCUCAUGGACUUUUUACCUGGGCCUCAUAAAAACAUUUUUAAAAAUAUUGAUGAAAUUGACAAAUUUAUUUUAGAAAUCAUAGCAAAACAUCAGGAAACCUGGGAUCCUGGCUGUCCUCGAGAUUUCAUCGAUGCUUUUCUUAACAAAAUGCACCAGGAGGAAGGGAAUGGCCACUCAGUAUUCACCAUUGAGUCCCUGACCAGAUCCACAGUCGACUUGUUCCUUGCGGGAACAGGGACCACCAGCACCACCCUGAGACAUGCACUUCUGAUUCUCCACAAAUACCCAAAGAUACAAGAGAAAGUUCAGAAGGAGAUUGACCAUGUGAUUGGUCGAGACCGAAGCCCCUGCAUGGCAGAUCGGAGCCAGAUGCCCUACACAGAUGCUGUGAUCCAUGAAGUCCAGAGAUUCAUUGAUUUCCUUCCACUUAAUGCCCCACAUGCUGUGAUCAAAGACACCAAGUUCAGAAACUAUUUUAUUCCAAAGGACACAAUGAUAUUUCCUCUUCUGACUCCUCUCCUACACGAUAGCAGAGAAUUUCCAAAUCCGGAAAAAUUUGACCCAGGACAUUUCCUGAAUGAAAAUGGUACAUUUAAAAAGAGUGACUUCUUCAUGCCAUUCUCUGCAGGAAAACGCAUCUGUGCAGGAGAAGGUCUGGCCCGGAUGGAGCUAUUCAUAUUUCUAACAUCCAUCCUCCAGAACUUUACUUUGAAACCUGUUGUGGAUCACAAGGACAUUGACAUUGCCCCAUUAAUUACCUCUGCAGCUAAUAAUAUGCCUCGACCUUAUGAGGUCUCUUUUGUUCCACGCUAACCAAGUGAAGAGUGUUGUCACGUACCACACUCAUGAAAGCUCUGGUUGAAUGACAGUUAUUUCUUAAUCUGCUGAGAGACUGAGACACUCAGAUCAUUCCUAGAUACUUUAUAGAGAGAAAUACGUUUAAUCAAGAAAAUUGUAUGGUGCUUUUAUGUAGGGAAUGCUGCAGAAGAACCUGUGCCAGCAGACCUGAACAAGAGCACAAACAUCCUGACCCUCACCAGCUGCAAACAUGGGAGUCAGGAGUAGUUGAAGCUAGAACACCGAGAUAAUCUCCAAGAACUGUAGAUACUGAAACAAAGAAGUUACUGAAGACAAAGAUGUAAUGUUGUACCCGGGCCUUUCCCAGGAGCUAAUGACACUCUUCAAUGUGGACUGAGGGGACACAAGAAUGUUCAAUGAAAAUGGAAAGUAAUGAUGUAGCAUAAAGUGGUAACAGAAACAUGUGCUUAUACAUCUGAGAACAAACAAGUUGUUCAAGCAAAGGCAUGUGAACAAUGUGAUGGGUUGAGAAAAGGGUAUAAUGUUGCAAAAGGUACUAAAAAGAAACAAACAGAUACUAACAAUUACUAACUGCUAGGCAAGAGUCUAUAAAAAGCCUGUA